AUGAUGCUGGGACGGCACUUCACCGUCACAUCUCCUGAAGCCGAUAACACUGAAUAUAGAAAUUCACUUCAAAACACCAUUGACAACAUUACCAGUGAAACGAUCACCUGCUACACUGACGGGUCACUCACAGACUCAGAAUGCGGGGCUGGCUAUAUAAUCACAACUGACAACAAUAACACCACCCUUGAAGAAAGAUCAUUCAAGCUCCCUGAUUAUUGCACUGUUUACCAAACAGAGCUCACCGCCAUCAUUGAAGCUUGCAAAUAUCUCUCUACCUAUACCAACACACAUAUCAUCAUAUGGUCUGACAGUCUCUCAUCUAUACAAGCUAUCUCUGCGCAUUCAACGCGGAGUAGAACUACAAGAGACUGUUACGACUCUCUCAAUGCACUCAGAUCCAACAACACGCUAGAGAUACGAUGGAUUGCAGCACACAUUGGAUUGUGGGGGAACGAAAAAGCAGAUGAGCUGGCCAAGCUUGGUACAAUCAGUGAAUCCACUUUGAAGUGUCCAAUUCCCUAA